GCUCUGAAAAGAGGAAGUGGGGAGGAUAUAAAAUGUUCAGCGGAGGUCUGAGCCUGCCGUCUUGGGGUCUGUGGGCCCGAGGUCCGUUGGUGGCAGCUGUGCCGGUGGCGGAGAUCGAGUCGCAGGACGCUCCCAGGCUGUCAUGGGGCUGGUGUCAUUUGAGGAUGUAGCCGUGCAUUUCACCUUGGAGGAGUGGCAGGACCUGAAUGCUGCCCAGAGGAGUCUGUACAGGGAUGUGAUGCUGGAGACCUACAGCAACCUGGUGUUCCUGGACCCCUGCAUUGCCAAACCUAAGUUGAUCUUCAAGUUGGAGUGUGGAUUGGGGCCAUGGAGCCUAGCAGAAGCUUCAAGGUGGAGCCUCCCAGGUGUUGAUAACGUGAGUACUCUGAUUGACACCAGCAAGGAAAUUCCUAAGACACGUUCGCGGCAACUCAGAAAAGCUAAUCAAAAGACACCAAAUGAAGACACGAUUGAAGCUGAGCUACUGACUCAACAGGAAGUCUCCGAAGGGACAACAUCCUGGCGUGGCAGAGCACCCGUAAAACCUUUGUGCGGCAUGUUACGGAAAACCAAGCUUCAGACACUGUACAGUGAUGGGAAGCUCUAUGAAUGUAAGGACUGCGAGAAAGUUUUCUGUAAUAAUUCAACCCUAAUUAAGCACUACAGAAGGACUCAUAAUGACUACAAGCCCUAUGAAUGUGACAAGUGCAGUAAAAUGUACUACUGGAAGUCAGACCUCACAGCUCAUCAGAAAACUCACAGACCUGUAAGUGUAGUGGAAAGGACCUAUAAGUGUAGAGGAUGUGAAAAAGCCUUCUUCCGCAGGUCUCACCUCAAUGCGCAUGAAAGAACCCAUUCCGGCGAGAAGCCUUAUGAGUGCACAGAAUGCAGGAAAGCUUUCUAUUAUAAGUCCGACCUUACUCGACAUAAGAAGACUCAUUUGGGUGAAAAGCCAUUUAAAUGUGAAGAGUGCAAGAAAGCUUUUUCUCGAAAGUCAAAACUCGCUAUCCAUCAGAAGACCCAUACGGGCGAGAAGCCAUAUGAAUGUACAGAUUGCGAGAAAGCUUUUUCCCAUAAGUCACAACUCACUGCACAUCGGAUCGCUCAUUCCUCUGAGAAUCCUUAUGAAUGUAAAGAAUGCAAUAAAUCUUUCCACUGGAAGUGUCAACUCACUGCACAUCAGAAAAGGCACGCAGUUAAGUGCGGGGAUACCUGCAUGAAUGACAACUGAGAACACUCCCGCGGAUGUAUCCAAUAAAGUGAGGCAAAUCUCUGCAUAUUACAAUAGAAAGCAUUUAACUGACAGUAUGCCACACAGUCCCACAGGACAAGCAGUUAUAAAAAGAGCCAAGUGUACCUUAAAAGAGAUGCUUAUUACACAAAAAGAGUAAUAAGAACUUCCAGGGACAGACUAAAUAAUGUCUUGUUAACUCUAAAGUUGCUUAAUGUUGGUGAGAAAGGAACAAGAGCAGCUGAGAGACACUGGGUUAAUGAAAAAGCCGAGGAACUGGGCCAACCAAUGUCCUAUAAGGAUGUGUUGACAUGAGAGUGGAAGCCUGCAAUAGUUUUAAGAUGGGGACAUGGUUAUGCUCAUGUUUCUACAGGGAAUGAGAAAAUGUGGUUACCAACACAAUCUAUAAAGAUUAGAUCUGACUAGGAAAAAGCUCUUACCAACUGAGACAUGAAUGUCUUCACAAAGCAAAUAGCCCAGGUGAUUCACUCUCACCCACAGACUGUCUCAUUUACUGAUUUCUCCAAAAAAAAAAAAAAAAAGAAAGAAAGAAAAAUGCAUGCAAAUCAACCUCAAAAGGGCUUGCCCAAAUGAGCAAUCCCUCAAAAACUGGGCAAUACAUAGACUUAACAAACAACACAGGACUGGACAGAUAACACUGAGAAUACACAAUACAAGAACUGGGCAAUAAAUGAUACAACUUGCUUUUUAAAAACUAACCAAGCCAGGUGGUGGUGGCACAUGCCUUU